AUGUGCAAGACGCCGCUUCACGGGCUACUAGAAGCCCUGCCCAAGUGCGAGCACCACCUGCACCUCGAGGGGACGCUCUCGCCCGAGCUGCUCUUCACGCUGGCGGAGCGAAACCAAGUGGCGCUGCCCGCGGACGCGGCAUACGCAUCACCAGCCGCGCUGCGCGCGCGCUACGCCGCGUUCACAUCGCUCGACGACUUUUUAGACUUCUACAACGCGGGCGUCGUCGUGCUGCGCACCGCGGCCGACUUCGAGGAGCUGGCCUACGCGUACCUGAGCCGCGCCGCCCGCACGGCCAACGUGCGCCACGCCGAGGUCUUCUUCGACCCGCAGGCGCACACGGCGCGCGGCGUCGCGGUCGCCACCGUCGUGGCCGGCUUCCACGCCGCCGCCCUCCGCGCCCAAGCCGACCACGUCGUCUCUGCCCUGCUCGUCCCCUGCCUCCUGCGCCACCUGCCCGUCGACGACGCCGCCGCGUGUUUCGACGCCAUGCUCGCCGCCGGCCUCUUCUCCCCUACUGGCACUGGCAACCCGCCCUUACUCGCCGGUUUGGGCCUGUGCUCGACGGAGCUAGCGCGCCCGCCGAGCGCGUGGGCCGGCAUCUUCGCGGCCGCCGCAGCGCAGGGGAUCCGGCGCACGGCGCACGCGGGCGAGGAAGGGCCGGCUGCGUACGUGGCCGGCGCGCUGGAUCACCUCGGCGCGCAGCGCAUCGACCACGGCACGCACGCGGUCGACGAUUCUGAUCUUCUAGCCCGCCUCGCGGCGCAGCGCGUGCUCGUCACCGCGUGCCCGGUCUCCAACGUCGUGCUGCGCGUGUCGCCGUCGCUCAAGGACACCCCGCUGCGCGCGUACCUAGCCGCGGGGGUCAGGUUCAGUGUUAAUAGUGACGACCCGGCGUACUUUGGGGAUAUGUAUCUGCAGGAGGUGUACUGCGCGGUGCAGGAGGCGUUUGCGUUUUCCGUCGAUGAUUGGGCGCUCAUUGCACGGAGUGCUAUUGAGGGGAGUUGGUGUGGUGACGAGCGGAAGAGGAGCAUCGGCAGAGAGCUGGAUAAGGUGCUGGAGGACUGGCACGCGAGGACCGAGGGGACUGUAGCGGCGGCGGCGUGA